AUGACUAGACAAGCUUACUUAGACGAAAUAAAAGAUUACUUAUAUGGCGACGCUACAGUUGCCAAAAUUUGGGGAGUUGCAACGCCUGCAUUAAGUGAACCACAGCCACCAACUGAGUUCCCUGAUUAUUCUAAAGGAAGCAGAUACACCUGCAGAGAUUCUGAUUUCUGGACUUCAGGAUUCUUCCCGGGUUCACUUUAUACUUUAUUAGCCAGAAGUGAAAAGUACCCUGAAUAUUUCCCGAGCGAGAAGAUCAAUCCUGUCAAAUUAGAAUAUGCAGCAAAAUGGUGGGCUGAGGGUAUGGCUAAACAUAAAAAUAAGACAGACAAUCAUGACUUGGGUUUUAUGCUUGUUCCAUCUUUUGAAACGGAAUAUUUGCGUAGUGGAAGUGAAAAGUCUAAAGACAUUUUAAUCAAGGGAGCUCAUUCUUUAGCUUCUAGAUUCGAUGAAAAGGUUGGUUGUAUUAGAAGUUGGGAUGAACUUUUCCCAAUUAAAGAAGAAGGUUGUAGAACGUCAAGCUUCGAUAAGGAUUUAGUUGUUAUCAUUGAUAAUAUGUGUAACUUGAACCUUUUAUAUAUGGGAGCGGAAUUGAGUGGAGAUUCCCGUUUAGCAGACAUUGCCACUACGCAUGCUGAGAUUACCCUAAAGAAUCACUUCAGAGACGACUGGUCAUCUUAUCAUGUUGUGAUGUACGAUCGAGAAACUGGUAAAGCUAAGGAUAAGUUCACCUUCCAGGGUUAUGCCGAUGAAUCGGGUUGGACUAGGGGACAAGCGUGGGGUAUACUUGGCUACAUAGAAACCUACAUUUAUACCAAAGAUAAAAAUUUCUUAGAUGCUGCCUUGAGUAUCACUAAGUAUUAUUUAUCGAAAUUGCCAGAAGAUGGAGUUCCACCAUGGGAUUUCGAUGCGCCAGACAAGCAUAUUCGUGAUGUAUCUUCUGGAAUGGCUGCUGCAUUUGGUAUGCUCAAAAUUUACGAGUGCAUUAAGGACGAAGAAAUCUUAAACAGUGCUUUAAAACUUGUGAGCGACUGUAUUAAACUUGCUUAUAACAAGAAAGCUACUUUGAAUGAUGAUGGGACUGUUGAGCUCGGUCCAACUGACACUAUUUUAUCUAAGUCUACAUUCAUUAAUAAUCCAGAUGUUAUCGAAGAAUGGAGAACAUUUGAUCACGGUUUGGUGUAUGCGGACUAUUAUUUCUUAAUGAUUGGAAAUAAAUUGUUAGAACUUGGUCUUUAUAAAUAG